CGCGCAUGCGCGCAGUACAUAAACGGCUUCUCGCGAAAUCAGCCUCAGGUUAAAAGUGACAAGGAAUUUGUCUACAGGAAUCUCGAACAUAACACGCCUGAUUUGCUGUCUUGGUCCAGAUAUUUAACAAGUGGAGCAAGGGAUUCACUCAAUCAUCCUUCCUGCUCAGACUGUGGGGAGAGAUUCACUCGUUCAUCUGACCGACUGUCAUCCCCGUCACUUCACAGGGGGGAACCCGUUCAUCUGCUCAGACAGUGGGAAUGGAUUCAGUUGGUCAUUUCAACUGAAGGUACAUCAGAAAGUUCACACUGGGACAAGGCCAUUCACCUGUUCUGCGUGUGAGAAGGGAUUCAGUCGGUCUUCCCACCUGUGGACACACCAGUCAGUUCACACUGGGCAGAGGCUGGUCAUCUGCUGAAUUUGUGGGGAAGGAUUCACUCGGUCAUCUGACCUAAUGGCUCACCAGCGAGUUCACACUGGAGAGCAGCUGUUCACCUGCUCAGACUGUGGAAAGGGAUUCACUCGGUCAUCCGCCCUACUGAGACACCAGUCAGUUCACACCGGGGAGCGGCCAUUCACCUGCUCAGACUGUGGGAAGGGAUUCACUUGCUCAUCUAAACUGAAGGUACAUCAGCGAGUUCACACUGGGGAGAGGCCAUUCACCUGCUCAGACUGUGGGAAGGGAUUCAGUUUGUCAUCUCAACUGAAGAUACAUCAGCGAUUUCACACUGGGGAGCGACCGUUCACCUGCUCGGACUGUGGGAAGGGAUUCACUUCGUCAUCUGAACUGAAGGGACAUCAGCGAUUUCACACCGGUGAGAAGCCGUUCACCUGCUCAGACUGUGGGAAGGGAUUCACUCGGUCAUCCGACCUACUGGUACACACGUCAGUUCAUACUGGGGAGAGGCCGUUCAAAUGCUCAGACUGUGGGAAGGGAUUCACUCAGUCAUCUAAACUGAAGGUACAUCAGAGAGUUCACACUGGGGAGAGGCCAUUCACCUGCUCAGUGUGUGGGAAGGGAUUUGCUCGGUCAUGUCAACUGAAGGCACAUCAGAGAGUUCACACCGGGGAGUGGCCGUUCACCUGCUCAGACUGUGGGAAGGGAUUCACUUACUCAUCUCAUCUGAAGGAACACCAGCGAGUUCACACUGGGGAGAGGCCGUUCACCUGCUCAGACUGUGGGAAGGGAUUCAGUCGGUUAUCCCACCUACUUGUACACAAGUCAGUUCACACUGGGGAGAGGCCGUUCACCUGCUCAGUGUGUGGGAAGGGAUUCACUCAGUCAUCUCAACUGAAGGGACACCAGUCAGUUCACACUGGGGAGAGGCCGUUUACCUGCUCAGACUGUGGGAAAGGAUUCACUCGGUCAUUUCACCUACUGAGACACCAGCGACUUCACACCGGGUAGAGGCCGUUCACCUGCUCAGACUUUGGGAAGAGAUUCUCUCAGCCAAAUCAACCAAACGUGCAUCACUGAGUUCACACUGGGGAGAGGCCGUUCACCUGCUCUGAAUGUGGGAAAGGAUUCACUCAGUCAUCUAACCUUAUGUAACUCUCGCUUCAGCUAGCAGCUUAAUAUAGGGGGUGAUAGCCCCCCAACCCGGCCAAACUUAAGAAAUCUCGUUUGGGUGGAUGCUGCGUGAUGUCUCCUCUGUUACAAAUCAGUACCACGAAAUAACAAAUGGUAAACAAUAUCUGAUUAAAUGAUUGAGCUUUAUAAUUCUUACUUUGACUGAAGCUGAGGAACUGGUGUAGGGGGCAGGGUUUCAGAUUUCAGGAUCAUUGGGAUCUCUUCUGGGCAGGUGGGACCUGUACAAGAGAGACGGGUUACACCUGAACUACAAGGGGACCGGUAUCCUUGUGGGGAGGUUUGUUAGUGCUGUUGGGGAGGGUUUAAACUCGGUUUGCAGGGGGAUGGGAACCAGAGUGCCAGAGCAGAUAGUGGAGCAGGGGUGAAAAUAAAUGAUGUUAAAAGCUCGUGCAAAGGCACAAUUAGAAUGGUUGUGAAUGGUGGAAACAAUCUUCUGAGGUGUGUCUAUUUCAAUACAAGGAGUAUUGUGUGGAAGGCAGACGAGCUGAGGGCAUGGAUUGACACAUGGAAUGACGACAUUAUAGCCAUUAGUGAAACUUGGCUGCAGGAGGGAUAGGACUGGCAGCUUAAUGUUCUAGGGUUCUGAUGUUUCAGACGUGAUAGAGGCAGAGGAAUGAAAGGUGGUGGGGGGUGGGGGUGGUAUUGCUAGUCAGGGAAAAUGUUACAGCAGUGCUCAGGCAGGACAGAUUAGAGGGCUUGUCUACUGAGUCCAUAUGGGUGGAACUGAGAAACAGGAAAGGUAUGGCCACAUUAGUGGGAUUGUAUUACAGACCACCCAAUAGUCAACGAGAAUUGGAGGAGCAUAUCUGCAGAGAGAUAGACAACUGCAGGAAGCAAAAAUUAGUGAUAGUAGGGGAUUUUAAUUUUCCACAUACUGAUUGGGUCUCCCAUACUGUUAAAGGUCUAGACAGGUUAGAGCUUGUAAAAUGUGUUCUGGAAAGUUUUCUAAAUCAAUAUAUGGAGGUACCAACUACAGAGGAUGCAAUAUUAGAUCUCCUGUUCGGAAAUGAGUUAGGACUGGCGACGGAAGUGUGUGUAGGGGAGCACUUUGGUUCCAGUGAUCAUAACACCAUUAGUUUCAACUUGAUCAUGGAUAAAGAUAGAUCUGGUACUCAGUUUGAGGUUCUAAACUGGAAAAAGGCGAAAUUUGAAGAAAUGAGAAAGGAUCCAAAAAGCAUGGAUUGGGACAGUUUGUUCUCUGGCAAGGGUGUGAUUGGUAAGUGGGAAGCCUUCAAAGGAGAAAGUUUUGAGAGUGCAGAGUUUGUAUGAUCCUGUCAGGAUUAAAGGCAAAGUGAAUAAGAAUAAGGAACCUUGGUUCUCAAGGGAUAUUGGAACUCUGAUAAAGAAGAAGAGAUAGUUGUAUGACAUGUAUAGGAAACAGGGAGCAAAUAAGGUGCUAGAGGAGUAUAAAAAGUGCAAAAAAAACUUAAGAAAGAAAUCAGGAGGGCUAAAAGAAGACAUGAGGUUGCCUUGGCAGUCAAGGUGAAGGAUAAUCCAAAGAGCUUUUACAAGUAUAUUAAGAGUGAAAGGAUUGUAAGGGAUAAAAUUGGUCCUCUUGAAGAUCAGAGUGGUCGGCUAUGUGUGGAACCAAAAGAAAUGGGGGAGAUCUUAAAUGGGUUCUUUGCAUCUGUAUUUACUAAGGAAACUGGCAUGAAGUCUAUGGAAUUAAGGGAAACAAGUAGUGAGAUCAUGGAAACUGGACAGAUUGAAAAGGAGGAGGUGCUUGCUAUCUUGAGGCAAAUUAGAGUGGAUAAAUCCCCAGAACCUGACAGGGUAUUCCCUUGGAUCUUGAAAGAGACUAGUGUUGAAAUUGCAGGGGCCCUGGUAGAAAUAUUUAAAAUGUCGCUGUCUACGGGUGAGUGUCAGAGGAUUGGAGAGUGGCUCAUGUUGUUCCGUUGUUUAAAAAGUUCUAAAAGUAAUCUGGAAAAUUAUAGGCCGGUAAGUUUGACGUUGGUAGUAGGUAAGUUAUUGGAAGGAGUACUAAGAGAUAGGAUCUACAAGUAUUUGGAUAGACAGGGACUUAUUAGGGAGAGUCAACAUGGCUUUGUGUGUGGUAGGUCAUGUUUAACCAAUCUGUUAGAGUUUUUCGAGGAGGUUACCAGAAAGUGGAUGAAGGGAAGGCAGUGGAUAUUGUGUACAUGGACUUCAGUAAGGCCUUUGACAAGGUCCCGCAUGGGAGGUUAGUUAGGAAAAUUCAGUCGCUAGGUAUACAUGGAGAGGUGGUAAAUUGGAUUAGACAUUGGCUCAAUGGAAGAAGCCAGAGUGUGGUAGUAGAGGAUUGCUUCUCUGAGUGGAGGCCUGUGACUAGUGGUGUGCCACAGGGAUCAGUGCUGGGUCCAUUGUUAUUUCUCAUCUAUAUCAAUGAUCUGGAUGAUAAUGUGGUAAAUUGGUCCGGGUGCAGGUCAGUGGGACUAGGCAGAAAAAUGGUUCGGCAGAGCCAAGACGGGCCAAAAGGCCUGAUUCUGUGUGGUAGUGUUCUAUGGUUCUAUAUGGUUAGUGAAGUAAACAAAAAAAAGAAAAAGGGCCCACUCUCUCCAUUCGCAUCUUCUCAUCUCUCCCCAACAAAAGACCACGAAAAUCCCUCUUCCAGACUCACAAGAAAGAACAUUUCUGUCAUUGGAUAGCCCAGUACUCCAAAACCCUGUUAUCUCCAGUCGUAACCUAAAUAUUGCUGCUACAGAGAAACCUUUACCUCAGCAGUGAAACAUUGCCGAGAGGCCAUUACAUUAGCAGUGAAACCUUACAGUAUGUUACACUUGUGACACACUACCGGGUUCACACUGGGGAGAAAGUUUCAAUAAGCUGCAUGCUGGAUAUUUGUCCAUCACUGUUGCUGAAUGCAAUUUUGAGAGUGACUGUCGGUGCUGAACUCUGCAAUUAUUGCUGCUGCUCACCACACCCAGUUCUGCACCCUAGUCACUGGGCAUGGGAGGAGUUUCUUCUGCUGCAUAUUCACCUUUAAUGGGACCGGAGUUUAAUAUUCUGGAUCUGAGACAAAUAAAUCUGUUUAUUUUAAACCCUGUCUCCGGUACUUAGUGAAUUUAUAACACACCUAGUGUACAGUAGAGAGUCAACUCAGGCCGGCUGGACCCUGCCAGUGAUUCAGUUCCGCAACGGUCCUUUGAAAUCCUCCCCUGUUGUUCAUCUCUCGCUCUCCCUGUGCUUAUGGGUUCCAAACAGUCACCACUCUGUGGGUGAAGAGGUUUCCCUUGAAUUUUCUGCAGACUGAAGAAGUCGAGCUGACUGCAGUUCUGUCUGAGAUGUUCUUUGCCUCUCAAGUCUCUGGGCUGAGGAAGAAUGACAUUGGUCAUUAACCUCCGUAAUGACGACUCAUUUCCACAUUAUGGGUCACUUUUCCUGCUUCUAAAGGGUUGUUAGAAAACACCACAGUCCUCUAAAGACUGAAAUCAGAAUGGGAAACCAUCCGUUGGAUGUUCAAUGAAGCGGGUCAGAAACCAGAGGCUGGUCUGAACAGGGCAGAGUUUUGGGUUCUGGAUGAUAGUCGGGGUAAGAACGUAAGAUGAGGAGAAGGGAAUCAGCAGCGGGGCGCGGCAACGAAUGACAGAGUAACAACAUUUGGAAGCUGAUUGACAGAGAAAAUCUUUCAGUUGUCUGACUGAUGACAGAAACAAUACCUGUGGUGAGGUGCUCCACUGGUCGAGGAACAUGUGUGUGUGGGGAAUGGUUUUAUCUAUUGAGAGAGUUGUUUCUGCUUGUUUAUCCUGUAAUAUUAUAUCCAGAUGGUUAUUAUGGAUUGUCCUAUCUGAAAUAAUGUAUUGAUUAUCAUAUAAUUUGUAAUAUUUUGACUCUGAACUGGAUCAGGCUUGAAAUCUGAUGCCUUUAUGAAGUGAUGGAGGGCCUUCAUGAGUUUGUAUUUUAAAGCAAGAUUUUUGUGAAUAUUAUUUGCCAUUUGAUUGUACCUUUGCAAGUAAUCAGAUUGAGUUAAACUGCUGCAGGAUCCUGGAAUGUGUUGGAUUGUGUCUGGUUUCUCUUGGCAUUUUCUGCACUUACUGCCUUGUUUUUAUAUGAUUAUGAAGACACGUAGUCCUCUUUUAUUGUCAUUUAGUAUAAUGCAUGCCUUAAGAAAUGAUACAUUAUGUCCUCCAGUGUGAUAUCACAAAACACAGGACAAACCAAGACUGAAAAAACUGACAAAACCACAUAAUUAUAACAUAUAGUUACAAACAGUGUAACAAUACCAUAACUUGAUGAAGAAAUCCGUGAGCACAGUAAAGUUCAGAGUUUCUCAAAUGUCCCACAUCUCACGCAGACGGGAGAAGGAAGAAAAACUCUCCCUGCCAGGCCGACCGCAAUCUGACUCUGAGUCAUCCGAAAACUUCGAGCUCUGAUCAGCUCUCUGACACCAAGUACUGAGCGCCAUCUCUGUCUGAAUGAUACGACCUCCUUCUCGGUCGCCAAAAGCAGGCAAGGCCGGGGAUUUUGAGGCCUACCCUCCGAAAGAUUCCCGACCACACAGUAAUGACAGCAGCAAACGGGCAUUUCAUAAAUUUCUCCAGAUGUUCCUCUGUGCUUUCACGUCCAUUCUCCAUCAAAUCAGAGUUGUCCACGGCCCCUAUUUAACAAAUACAAAAUCAUUUUUCACCUGAGGGCUGUGCACACGCCGGAGCAUCGCCAUCUUCUCCUCCCACCGUGUUUGUGUGUAUUUCAUGUACUUUCAAUUUUUUUUUUCCUUUUGUUAACCAGCUUGUCCUAUAUUUCUGCAAAGAUCCCCUCUGUUUCUGGGAAGAGGUCUCCAACUCUCAGUCAGGUACUCGAUGCUUCCUUGUCACCAUCUGGUCUGCUCAGAUCGUUGGGAUGUCCCCAUGGAGGGUCAUACUCAUUCCACUGGUUAAUGUUUUCUUCCAUAGAUUCAUUUUUCUGAGUUGGCAUCUCAUUGAAGUUUUCUGGUCUGUAUUUCUUAUCACGAUUGCAUACACACACAUGGAGUUCUGAAUCCUGUUCAAUUUUGUUGAAAAUAUAUACUUAGAAGUUUUAUCUGACCUUUGUGUGAUAUUUUUUUCAUGUGUGUUACUUCUCUAGCUCCUGUCCAAGGUAGUGUUAAUAUAAGUGUGUUUGAGCGUAAAUAUCAUUUCAGUUCUUAUUUAUCUUUAAAUUUUACUGAUUGAAAUGGGACCAAGAUAUUUUUAUUUAAAAAAAAUCAAUGUCGGUAUUGAUAAAAGUGUUUAUUGUCUUUGUUGUAUUUGUUAACUAUUGAACUGUUUGGCAGGUUUUUUUGAGCCUUGAACUAAAUUUUGUCAAAGGUUCUCCCUAUUUCACACUACUUUCUAUUUUCUUUGCUUGUGGAUAUUCCAGAUACGUGGGUAUCAAGAGUCCCGAUGAAGGGUCUUGGCCCGAAAUGUUGAUUCCCAUCCAUAGAUUCUGCUUGACAUGCUGAGCUCCUCCAGCACUUUGAGUGUAGUUCUCUGGAUUUCUAGCAUCUGCAGGUCCUCUUGUUUCCCAGAUACUUGUAUGUUUCUUGAAAGAACAAGCUGGUAGUGGGGUUGUGUGGCUCUAUUGGUAAAAUAUUAAAUAAAAUCAUUAGAAAGAGCUGGCAUAGGGUUGGAAGGUGUAGAAUCUGUAGCUAGAAUUAAGGAACAGCAAAUGUAAAAAAAAAUCCCGGUUGGGAAUUGUAUAGAGACCUCCAAUCUGUAGUAAGUAAGUGGUCCACAAAUUACGAUGGGAGA